GCACCCGCUCAGGAGAAAACGGCCAAUGAAACAUCGAGCAUUUCGAUCCGUUUGCAAAUUAGGCAUCACAAAUUUUCCUAUAAAUUGCCAGACCCCAAACACUCUGAACUUUAAACACGUUCACUCGUUGAGAAGAGAAACAUCGAAAAUGCCGCCUAAACGUUCGGGAAAGAAGGAGGAGAAGAUUGCAGGAGGAAAAGUGGAAAGGAAAAGCGGAGAAGGCAAAGAAAAGGGGCGAAGCAGAAGACGCAGAGAAAGUUAUUUCAGUUACAUUUACAAAGUUCUAAAGCAAGUUCAUCCCGACACUGGUAUCUCGAGCAAAGCCAUGAGUAUUAUGAACUCGUUCGUUAACGACAUCUUCGAGCGAAUUGCAACCGAAGCUUCUAGACUCGCUUCGUACAACAAGAGGUCGACCAUUAGUUCCCGAGAAAUUCAGACCGCCAUACGGCUGCUUCUGCCUGGUGAACUGGCCAAACACGCCGUGAGCGAAGGAACAAAAGCUGUUACAAAGUACACAAGCAACAAGUAGACGAGAUGGAAGCAGGUGGAAGAGCUUGUGACUUUGAAAAGCAUGUAUACAAACCAACGACUGGUUGACUUGACGAACUUGACGUGACUUGACGGUAUGAAUGAAGAACUUGCUUGACAUUAAUUUCCACG